CCCAACCCUUAACUGCCCUCCAUUAUUUUUACUUUGACUCCUCUUCUUCUUCUUUCUCUUCUCCCCCUUUCAUUCUCUUUUAUAGCCGUUGGAACUUGGAGCUAUCCGCUCUCUCUCUCUCUCUCUCUCUCUCUCUCUCUGCUCGUUUGUGCUGUUUUAGCCAAAAAAAUGAACACGAAACCCACCACAGAAAUGCCUUCUACUCCAGUUGUUUCUUGUUCUUUGAAGCGGAAGAGACCACCCAAGAUUGAGAUCCCAAACGUGUUGCAAGAAAUCCAGGCUGAUAAGCUCAAAUUCAAAGACCUCACCCCAAGAAAUGAUCCCGUUUGUUUCAGUGGUAUUGGUGUUGGUGUCUCUGCCAUCAAAGGCAAUAAAAAGUUCAUGGAAGAUACCCACAAAAUCGUUUCUUGCUUGAACGGCAGCUCUAACAAAGGCUUUUUUGGCGUUUAUGAUGGGCAUGGAGGGAAAAAGGCAGCGGAGUUUGUUGCAGAGAAUUUGCACAUCAACAUUCUUGAAAUGAUGGUGAAUUGUCCAGGAAAUAUGUCCAAGAAGGAAGCUGUUAAAGCUGGGUACUUGAAAACAGAUCAAGAGUUCUUGAAACAGGGUAUAGUCAGUGGUGUCUGCUGUGUCACAGCCUUGAUUGAAGGGCAGGAGCUUGUUGUCUCAAACUUAGGAGAUUGCAGGGCUGUUCUUUGUAGAGGAGGAGUGGCUGAAGCCCUUACAAAAGAUCAUAGAGCAGAACAGGAGGAUGAACGAAAAAGAAUUGAGAAUAAUGGAGGAUAUGUUGAGAUCCAUCGGGGUGCGUGGAGAGUUCAUGGCAUACUUUCUGUUUCUAGAAGCAUUGGAGAUGCUCAUCUGAAGGACUGGGUACUGGCUGAGCCUGAUACAAUGAUUCUACAGCUGACCCCAGACAUGGAAUUUCUAGUCUUAGCUUCUGAUGGACUAUGGGAACAGGUUGGGAACCAAGAAGCUGUUGAUACUGUGAUUUCAUUGUGUAUGACUCAGAAGAAACUGGGAUCCACAGGAGAUGAUCAAAAAGAUGAUGAUGAUGUUUGUUAUGGCUGUGUCAAUGUAAGUCCUUCAUCAAAGUUGCGAAGGGUUUCCCUGGUCAAGCAUCAAAAGGGGUCAAAACAGUCACCAAGAAACAAGCAGACAGUUGAUGGCUGGAAAGAUAAGCAAGAUGACUUUGCAUGUGAAAAUGAAAGUCCUCCGACCAAGUCAAGACGAAUUUCAAUGUUCAAGCGAAUUAACACCAAAAUUGAUUCACCUAAUAAAGAAAACAGUACCCACAAGAAGGGACCUGCCUCUGUGGGGCUUGUGGCUGCUUGUAAGGAGCUUGUGAACCUUGCCCUGAGAAGAGGUAGUCUGGAUGACAUCACUGUGAUGAUAAUUGAUUUGAAUCACUUCAGAUGUAUUCCUGUUUGCUUCACAUCUAGCAAGAAGCAAAACAAUGAGCCAGCGGCUACCAUAACCUGGUCAGGCCAGAGUGUAUCUAUGUCAGUCUAUCGAACAAAAUUAGCCGGCUACUGCCGUUUGAUCACCAUCACAUGGUGCAAGAACCUGAUGCUACAUGGCCUCUCUCUUUCUGUUCAAGCAACAAAUGGAAACGAGAAUUACCUGUGCAAAAUGGAAUUGAAGCCCUGGUACUUCUGGAGAAAACAAGGCUCCAAGCAAUUUGUAGUGGAUGGUAAGACUGUUGAUGUGGCGUGGGACCUCAAGGCCGCAAAAUUCAAUGGCGAGACAGAGCCACAAUCAGAUUACUAUAUUGCUGUUGUCUCUGAAGGGGAAGUAGUUCUACUUCUUGGUGAUCUAAAGAAAGAUGCAUAUCGAAAGACACGAUGCAGGCCUGCUCUUAUUGAACCAAUGUUGGUGUCGAGAAAGGAACAUGUAUUUGGGAAGAAGAAAUUCACAAGAAGAAUUAAAUUUCAUGAGAAAGAGAUCAAAUUCCAUCAGAUUUCAGUUGAAAACAACAAUUCUACCAGCAAUGGCAGUGACACUGGUGGGUUUGAUCCUGAACUAGAGAUAAAGGUAGAUGGGGAACUAGCAAUUCAAGUUAAGCACCUUCAGUGGAAGUUCAGAGGAAAUGAAUCCAUGCAGGUGAAUAAAAGUAGAGUAGAGGUUUAUUGGGAUGUACAUGACUUGCUCUUUGGUUCUGGUCCAAGGCAUGGUCUGUUCAUAUUUAAACCAGUUUCAUCAUCAUCACCAUCUUCUUCUUCUUCUUCAACUUCAUCAUCAACCUCAAUGCCAUUGUUGACUACUCAAGAAGUUCCUUGUGCCCCAUUAGAGGAUGAUAAUGCAGGUGGGUCAUCCAGUUUUUGCUUGUUUUUGUACAUUUGGAAGGUAGAAUAAUUGGUGGAUAUACAAGUUAUUGGUAUCAUAAAAUUGAAACAACCUCUAGAAUCAUGAAUUUGGACAAUCAUCAAUUGGAUUAAGUUCUUGCAGAGAGAGGAUGGUGAGAGAUUGUGAUGGUGAGCAGCAUAUGGACCCAAAUAGAGCUGGAAGUUUAUCAUAACUGGACAAGAAUGGACCAGCCAGAAUGGAUCUAGCAUAGUCAUGCUCAAUAAUUUCUUACUUACUAUAGCUAUCUAAUACUGAUAAUUCUAUAUUAUAGUUUUUUUUUUCAAUAAAAUAGCUCUUGUUUUUAUGUUUAUGUUUAUCCAAAAAAGCUCAAUAAUAUAUUUCUGUGAAUUUUA